AUGGCGAUUUCGAAACGGGUGCUCAAGUCUUCUGAUGCAAGCUACCAUGUCGAGGCAAACAAACACUGGUCGUCCACCGCUAGAUCAAAUCCAGCGUGUAUUUUUGUUCCAGAGUCAUCUUUCGAUGUGUCCGUCGCCAUCAAGAUCUUUGUGGACAACAAUUGCCAAUUUGCCGUGCGAGGAGGGGGUCAUACAACCAACCCGGGUUGGGCCAGCACCAACUCUGGGGUGCUUAUCUCUCUCUCAAAGCUCACAGCCAUUGAGAUCAGCGAUGACACGAAGUCGGUUGUGAUUGGAGCCGGUAAUAGGUGGGGGGAUGUUUACGCGAGAAUCGGCGAGUAUAACGUUACAGUUGCGGGAGGGCGAGUCUCCGGGGUUGGAGUAAGCGGGUUUCUUCUUGGCGGUGGCCUCUCUUUCUUGAUGCACUCGGAAGGAUUUUCGGCCGAUACUGUACUCUCGUACGAGAUUGUACUGGCCAGCGGUGAAGUUGCCACCGUCACAUCAAAAUCAAACGAGGACCUGUUCAGGGCACUUAAAGGUGGGACAGGGAAUUUUGGCAUAGUAACCUCUUUCACGCUCCAAACGUACCCAAUUGGAAAAAUUCACGCUGGAUAUCUUUUCUAUGCUCCGGAUCAGACCGAGGAGCUGUUCUCACUUAUGGAAACAUAUGCUCGUGAAGGGGUUGAAAUCGAUCCAAAAACACACUUAAUUCAAGUGUUCGCAUGCACACCAUCUCAGAAUGUUGAUAUGGCCGCGUUAUAUUUGUUUUACCCCGAGCCCUUUACAAUAUCACCGCCAGUUAUCAAACCGUUCUUAGAUGCUUCUGUACAAGAAGUUAUCCAAGUCAAGACAAUGAAGGAUGCCACCGACGAAAUAAGUGCAGGGCUUCAGGACGGACUCAGAUACGAUAUACAUGCCUACUCUGUACGAGCCGAUGCAAGGCUGUUCAAACAACUCCACGAUAUCUGGCAUUCGUCUACAAUGGAGUUGAACUCGACAAUACCCGGCUGGUCCUCCACCAUGGUUUACCAAUCUAUAUCCAACAGCAUGAUUCGUGCUAGCAAUAAGAAGGGAGGGAAUGUACUUGGAUUGGAACCAGAAGACGAUCCUCUAAUGAUUAUCAGUCUCUUAUUCACAUGGAUACAACCUGAAGAUGACGACAAGGUGUAUGCGGUAAUCGACAAACUCAUGGCUACCUCUACAAGUAUUGCAGAAUCGCAGGAUAGAUUGGGACGAUACAUAUAUCUGAAUUAUGCAGGUCCUGGGCAAAACCCAAUUGAAUCGUACGGACCUGCUCAAGUACACUUCCUUCAGAAGGUCAAAGCCAAGUAUGAUCCUAACGGCGUAUUCGAAAGGCUGUCUCGGGGUGGAUUCAAGAUUCCUUCGCAGUGCCCUAAUAUUGAAGAUGGCUAUCUCAAUAUGCAGACAGGUUCACCUGAUCAACGAGCUUGUUUUUACUUUUCGUAG